AUGCUACGUCGCCCGGCUGCUACCCGCUCUCCACGGGAUUCUGGUACUCGCGGCCUGCCCGAUUUGUGGGCCACCGCCAAGCGAGGGAAAGUGGCGUGUGGAGGGGAAGGCUGCUUAAAAGCGCUCAGCCACUGCCGCCAAGCCGCCAUCCGCGCCGAGAGCAAUAUGGACGUUGGGUUCGCCUGGAUGCUCUUGAGCGUCGUGGCCCACACGACGAAUGCAGCGGCAAGACCACAGGUCGACUACGACUACGUCAUUGAGAACAACCAGACUGACGGUGACAGCAGCACUCAGUGCCUAUUCGAUGGCACUACGUAUGCCGACGGUGAUGAGUGGCAGCCGGACCCGUGCACCACGUGCAAGUGCCUACUUGGAAACAGUGUCUGUGAUUCGGAACAGUGUCCGAGACUAGAGUGCCGUGACCAGUACGUGCCUUUGGGGCAAUGUUGCCCUGUGUGCACAGGUGACAGCAGGGAAGUCCUCCAGCCAGUGACCGAAGAUCCCGAGACUCCUGAACCUACGCACGGAGCAGCAUCGCCUGAGCCACUGCCGUAUCCCGAGUAUCCGGUGUUUCCUGGCCCAAGGGGUCCUCCUGGAGAACAUGGAUCGCCGGGACGUCCUGGAGAGCGUGGGGCACAUCUAACGGCCGACAAGUCCUGCCAGCAUCGAUUUCAAGUUCCCUACUUGGCUACGCUUCCAAGAAGCUUCGAAGACCUGGGUGGAUCGUGCCAAGCCAAGCCCGGCGCAGCAGCCAGCACAGUUACACAGGAAACCCAAGCGGCUCCACCUAAAGAGUACAGGGUGAUGGACUGA